CCUCCGCCACUCAUGGAGGCGCUUCCCGAAUGGCCUGCGCGCUUCGAAAGUAGGACAAACGGCUCUGUCCGAGGGCUGUGAUUCCUAACACUGAAGCCAUAGUGCGGCUGUUACUACCGAGCCAUUUCCUUCGAGUGGGGGUGAUUCUACUAAAGCCCUGGUGGAUCUCUGGAAAGUGAAAGCCCAGCAAUUAACACCAUUCCACUUGUGCACCCUCUUCCACAGAAUGGAGCCAAGGGAGCUCUCUGGCUUUCCAAGGUGCUGUAACUGAUGAAAUGAGCAGGACAUUGACUAGAGUGACAUUGGUAGCAUGUAUUGAUUUUGUCUUGCUUAAAAGAGGUGGAGGUAAAACCUAUAUUUAAGAAGAAACCUCUCUGAACCACACUGUACUGAAUAAUUUUGGGCAGGCUUCCAAUAUUCCAUUCUUGGACAAAGUGUUGGAGAGUGUGGUGGCUUUUCAGUUCCAAAGAUUUCUGGAUGAGUUGGAGUAUCAAGCUCUAUUUCAAUCUGGCUUUAGCAUUCUCUGGCCAUGAGGCAGAUAAUGCCUUGGUCACCUUGGUCAACAAUGAACACUGGAAACUAGACAAGGAGGGUUUGUCACUGUUCUGGUGGGUUUUUAUCACCAGUCAUGGUAUCCUUCUGGAGCAUUUGUCUGAGGGGAAUAGGAGACACCAUUGCAUAGUGGUUCCAAUCCUUCUUGGAGAGGUGAUUUCAGAAGGUACCAUUUAAACUUGUGGCCUUUGGCUGAUGGUGUCCCUCAGGGUUCCAUCUUCUCUCCCAUGCUAUUUAACAUAAGUAUGAAACAACUGGGAGGGGUUAUCCAGAGUUUUGGGAUUUGAUGCUGAUGUCAUCCAGCUUUCUUCAUCUAAAUCUAGGGGAAGCUAUUCUGGUUCUAAGUUGGUGUCUGAUGUUGGUAGUAGCUUGGAUGAGGGCAAACAAAUUGAAGCUUACUUCAGACAAAACAGAGUUGCACCUAAUCAGUUGAAAGGCAGUUCAAAGAAUAUGGUCUCAACCUAUACUAGUUUGGAGUACACACUCUCAGAAGAGACAGGGUCACAGUUUGGGUAUACUUCUGGACUCAGCCCUGAACUGAAUACCCAGAGUUUCACUGAUGGCCAGGAGUGCUUCUGUGCAGCAGAAGCUAGUGCACCAACUAUACAUGUUUUCAACUGUACAUGUUCUGACUGCUGACAUGCGUGCCUUUAUUAGAUUCCAUUUGGAAUCUGGCCUCAUUCUUCUGUGAGGCCAGCUUUGCAUCUGCAGUGGAGCAUGAAGAAAAGCAAAAGCUUAAAACAUUGUUAUUUUAUUAAUGUUUUUAAAGAACUUCUUUCUUCAGGGAUUGGAAGUUGCUCAUAUUAAUACUUUUUUCUUAGUUACUGCUUAUAUUAGGCUAAUGUAUAAUAUCAAUGGAACCUUACUUAUGGGAUUUUCAUAAUCACGAGGAUGAAGAAGACUUGCUUGCAAAUGUUGUGGUAUUAAGGAAUAAGUUAAAGAAAACGGAAAGACAUUUACAAGACUUGGGAGAAGAGCUUUGCAGUACUAAUUCAGAUAACAAUUCAGACAUCAGCAUUCAUGAUGGUGAACUUGAGAUUUUAACAAUGGAAGAUCUUGUAGAUCCUAUUGAAUUACAAAAUUGUUCGGCUCAUACUGUAAACAAAAUGUCUUGGUGUAACAAGAACUCUUCAAGCAAACCCAGGAACAAAUCUUACUCAUCCUUUGAUAAAAGUAUGGAAGAAGAGAAUGAGCUUUUAAGGGACAAACUGAACAUUGUCCGGCAAAAAAAUGCUUCCUUGACUUCUCAGAACCACCAUCUAAUGAGUGAAAUUGAAACUAUAAACUUUGAGCUGAACCAGGCAAAAGCAAGAGUAUCUUUCCUUGAAUCUGCUUUGGGUACACACUCCGUCAGCAUUCCAAUGUUGGAAGAUCAUAUAGCAAACUUGGAAGCGGAAGUUCAAGCUCGGAAUAAUGUUCUGAUAGAGACAGAAGAUAAAUUAAAGCAAAGCCAGAAAAUGGUAAUGGAAAAAGAAUAUGCUUUGCAGAUGCUCAAGGAGGAAUAUAAGCAAAUGAAACUUGGUUUAAUUGAAAAAUCAAAACAAGGAAAAAGAACUGAACAGCAAAGAAAUGAAGCGCUUUAUAAUGCUGAGGAGCUGACGAGAACUUUUAAAAAAUACAAGGAGAAAAUAACUGAUAAACUGGAAAAGGUUCAAGUAGAAGAACAAAUUUUAGAAAGAAAUUUAAUGAGCUGUGUAAAAGAAAAGGAAAAGUUGAAUACAAAAUGUGAAAACUAUAAAAGUGAGCUGGAAAACCUGAGGGAAAAGCUGAGACAAUUGGUUGAAGAGAAUUUUAUUGGAAAAGAAAAUCUACAGUGUGUGGAAGCCAAGAGUUCUGAAAUGGAAUUAUUGCUGAAAGAUUCUCAGCAGAAGACCCAGAUGCUUGAAAGUAGACUUCAAGAUCAAGAUGCAGUACUUAAAGAGAAAAAUGCCCUAAUGAAAGAGAAUGCUGAUUUAAAAGCACAAAUUGCAGAGCAAAACAAUAAUCUUAAAUUAUGUCAUCAAGAAAUUGAGAAUUCAAAAAUUGAACUGAAAACCUUAGAAAACAUUAUUUCUCAGUUAUCUCAAAGUUCAUCAAAGGAGGCUAAUUAUUUGAAGCAUCAUUCUAAUGAAGCAUUAUGUACCAAUUGCUGUGAAUCAGCUGGAUCUCUGGUGGAAGAGCUAAGACAUAAACUGAAAAUGAAAGAAUCAACAAUUCAGAAACUUCAGGCAGAACAUAUGGCAAGUAAGAUUGGUCAAGGGUUCUUUGAAGAAAAUGAAGGACAAGAAUUGCAUGGCCUAGAAACUGAACCAGUAAAAUUGAAUGGAAAUCAAACAGAGAGAGAAUGCCAGCAAUUGGAGUUUAUCGGUCAACAGUUUGAAAAGGAGAAACAAAGCUUAAUUAGACAAUUAGAUGAGUUACGUAGUAAGCUGGAAAGAACUGAAGAGGAGAACUCCUUUUUAAAAACUGAUAUGGCCCAGCGAACCAGUCAUUUUCAAGCAUUACAGGAAGAACUGUUGGAGAAGGCUUCGAAAUCUAGCAGUUUGGAGCGAGCAAUGGCAAGAAAAUCUUCUCAGCUUUCAGCCCUUGAAAAACAGUUAGAAGAAAAGACAAUUGCUUAUACAAAUGCAGCUGCAAAAAAAACUGAGCUGGAACAAAUAUUGUUGGAAACAAAUUCUCAGAUUCAUACCUUGGAAAGAAGGAUUAAUGAGGAACAUGAACACUUCUCUGUAAUACUAGAAAAAACUAAGAUAAUUAAUCUGGAACAGCACAAAGAGAUGGAAAAACAGAUUGAAUUACUUCAGGCUCAACUGGAGACAAAAAACCAGCAAUUCCUGCAGCAGGAGAACACAAUGUCCAUUUUGCAGCAAGAAUUGAUAUGUAAGCAACGUCAGCUGGAAUCACUGGAUCGACUGCUAAUAGAAAGCCAAGAGGAAAUGGAAAAGCAGAAAACCAAGAAGGAUGAAGCUUUAAAGACAUUACAAGGCCAACACACUGAAGAAACAAUUAAGGUCAAACAACUACAGACAGCAUUAGAUAUCUAUAAAGAAGAUCUAGCAUUAUAUUUAAGACGUCUAGAAGAAAAUAAAAUAUUAUUUGAAAAGCAGCUGCAGAAAAAAUCUGAAGAGGUGCAACAUUUGCAGAAAGAAAUAAAAUUAAAAAAUGACAAUCUUCAGUCCACUGCAGAACAAAACUUUCUACUACAGCAAACCCUGCAGCAGCAGCAACAGAUGUUACAUGAGGAAACCAUUCGGAACAGUGAAUUAGAAGACAGCCAAACAAAGCUUCAAAAGCAGGUAGCAAAACUAGAGCAAGAUCUUCAAAAGCAGAAGGAAAAUCUGGAAGAAGAAUUGAAGAAAACAACUGAGAAACUCCAUUUAGCCUCUGAAGAAACUGAUUUGAAAAGACAAAAAGUAAUGGAACUUACUGGAACAAUCAGACAGAUUAAAAUAGAGAUGGAUCAGUGUAAAGAUGAAUUAAUAGACAUGGAGAAAGAAUUAGUGCACUUACGACGUGAUGGUCAUAGUAAAGCUCUAAAGCUGGGCCACUUGGAAAUGACUUUGGAGCAGAAAGUCUCAGAACUACAUAAAAAGACAAAUCAAGUGAAAGAGUUAGAAGACAAGCUACUUGUUAGUGAGACAAAGCAAAAAGAUGCUGUACAACAAGUAGAAACACUAGAGACUGACCUGCAAAGUGCCAGUGAGGAGCUAAAAAGUGCUUUGCGACAACAACAAGAACUUCAGGACAUGCUGCAGAAGGCACAGAUGUCUCUGGAAGAGAAGUAUGCUGCUAUUCAGGAAUUAACAGAGGAACUAAGAGAAUGCAAGGAUGAACUUGAGGAUAAAAAGCAAGAACUUCUUGACAUGGACAAGGCUUUGAAAGAAAGAAAUUGGGAUUUGAAACAAAGAGCAGUUCAGCUUACCCAGUUGGAUAUGUCAAUCCGUGAGCACAAGGGAGAAAUGGAACAAAGAAUCAUUACGUUAGAAGCAAGUUUGGAAAAAGCAGAGCUGCAGAUCACAGAAUUUAAUAAACAGAUUGAGAAUUUAGAGAACAAGUUGCAGCAUUCAAAAGAUGAGCUUCAUGAGAAAGAGUUUAAAAUACUUCAACAAGAUCAAGAGAUAAAUUGUCUUAAAAAAGAAACUGAAAGAAAAGUGCAAAGAAUAUCAGAUAUUGAAAAAAAGAUGAAAGAACAAGAAAACUACAUUGCAGAACAGUACAAAGAAGUACUUGAUUUGGGUCAGCAGCUGAGGCUAGAACGUGAACAGAUGAAACGCAUCCAUGUGGACCUACUAGAGAGUCGCCGUUUGCAGGCUCAAGCUCAGAGAGAUGUGGAGAGGAUCUCUCUUGAACUGGAAGAAAUGAACCAUCUUGCUCAUGAAAAAGAAAGCCAUGCAAAUGUUUUGGCAGAACAACUGGGGGCUUGUCAGGCACGGGAAACCCAGUUAGAAGCAAGGAUGGAGGCAGAGGCCAAGAGGCUGUCCACAGAAAUUCAUUUGCUAAAACAGUCUUAUAUGUCAGAGAAACUCUCACAUGAAACACAGCAGACAAAAUGGAAGCAGUCACUAUCAGCAUCUCAUCAUGUUCAUGAACAGUUACAACAGGUGAAGCUGGAGCUGGAUGAUGCUCAAAGCACUGUUCAUAAUCUGCAGCAACAGCUUCAGUCAAGAAAUGAGAUGAUUCAAGCAGCAAAUGAAGCUCUGCUUCUCAAAGAAUCUGAAGUAACAAGAUUACAAACUAGAAUUGCAGGUCAUGAAAGAACACAAGGUAUCAAGCAACUAUCAGGCCCACCAAACCUGUCUACGUGUCAGUGGCUUGAUCAAGAACUGGACUUUGCCAAGAAUUCUCAGAUUUCCUGCUCAGCUCCCAGAAAGUUGGGUCGCUCUACAAGCAACAACAAUUUGAAUGUUAAAGAUAAUGGGAAAGUAUUCGAUCAGAACAAGAUAUUUACAUUAGAGUCGUCAGUGAUUUCUGGGAAACUAAAAGGCUUAACUCAUGCUUCACCAAAAAACCCGAAUGAAUCUUCUUUUGAUCCUUUGACACACAUUGUAGAUGAAGAUUCAACUUGUGACAGUGAUGAUUUCCACACUCUUAGUGGUAUGUUAAAAUAUAUCAACAGAGAGGUGAAGAAUUCUGAAAGUUCUUCCUCAUGAUUUUCAACUGCUGCAGAGGAAAAUCAAGAACAAUGGUUGUGAAGAAACAGCGUGUUGGCAAGAAAUAAACAGCAGAUGGAUCUCUUGGCACACCCUCAUGCUUAUGGGGACAUUUUAUAGAAAGCAUUUACAGAGUUAUUUAAAUCUCUGCUUACUUUUUAAUUCUAUUUUUAUGAUUAUUGCUUUUAAAUGAUUUGUACAGUAAUGCUACUAUUUUGUUACAUUGACUCUUAAAGAGAAAGCAAAAGCUAGAGUUUUUAGAAAUUGUCCUGAUCCUUUGAUAUUUCAGCUAAAUAUAUUACUGAAUUAAUAAACAAAUAAGGCAA